UCAUCUUGCGCCUUAUUAGUGGAUAUGUCAUAUUCUUAAAGCCGGCUUAAAGAACACGACAAAUCCACUCAUAAAGCGCUAGAAAUUCCCCCCUCCUUUGACAGUAUAACCAGUCACAUCCAUCUUCAGCAGCCCCCACCGCAAACCUUUCUCCAAUCCAACACUAGCGAUUCAGUUCAGCUAACCAAUGGAAUCAGGAGGGAUAUCAGCGUGGCUGCCUGCGUUUCAAGAAAGGCAGCGGAACGGAAGUGCCCAGUUAUCGUGGGUAACAAUGUGAUCUGUCCUUUACGCGGGUGUUGGAAAUGGAAGAUUCAUGUUCUAAAUCAGGUUUAAUGACUCCAAGAAAAACAGACUUGAAUAACAGUUCCAGAAAAAUAAAGGACAAUGCUGCAGAUUGGCAUAACCUCAUACUGAAAUGGGAAACUUAUAAUGAUGCAGGAUUCUCAAUCGCAAAUAAAAUUGUUAACAUUAAACUCAACCACAAGAGUAAUCAAACCAGACAGGAACCAUCUGAUGGUGAUGAUGAUGAUGAUGAUUUUACUGCUCAUCGUGGAAAAGCUACCUUGGAAUACAACAAAGAACUUGAGCAACAUUGCACUGAAUUGUUGAAUUUCCUUAACAAAAUGAUCAAAUUGGUAUUGAAGAUGGAAAAGCUUUGUGCAACUAUGAAAGGAAUAAAUGAUCUUGACACUUACCACUAUGGUGAAACAGGAAGACAAAUACCUCUAUUUCACACAUGGCCCACAAAAUAUUUCUAUACGAUCUCAGUUGAGUUACUGGAGAUGUACAAAAAAGAACUGCAGCUAAAGAGUUUAAUUGUUCAAGAGAUUGCCCACACUAGUAGCUGUAAUCUUAUGAUGGUGCAGCUGUCUUCCUGGCUGUACCAGCCUUACAUAGAAGAAAAGGCCACACUUCUGGUUGAAAGUAUGCUACUGGAAACUGGACACAGGGUUCUGUAACAAACACAAUUGAAAAUUAUUUACAAAGUAAUUGCUAGAGACAUCACUUUUUAUAGAAUUGUUACUUCUCAUUUGAGAAACAUGCAUUUGUUUAUCAAAAUUAGCUAAGCACAACUAAACACCUACCCAGGCUUACCCAAGAUUGUUUGGCUCAGCUUUGAAACUUGGGUGGUGCAUGACUGAAAUGUGAACUGUGUGUGUGACAAGCAUUAUUAAAAGUUUCAUUCAUUUAUCAAAUUUUGUACUGUAAAAGGUAGAAUUCAGUAAGACAAUGAUUAUGACAAAAGACAAAGAAAAAUAUAUUUAUUUAUUUCCUUUUUUAAGAAACUGUUGAAAUACUUAUGCUGAAAAAUAAUUUUGUUCAAAUUAUUAAACAAUGGUCCUGAAAGAUUGUUAAUGAUUUGUCUUGCACACUCAAGCGAUGGAAAAACAAAUACCAAAACUGCAAAAUAAAAGUGGCUUUUUUAAAAAAACUGUUCCAUAUAUUGCUAAUAUUUAACGGAGCUUGAUGAUAUAUUUAUAGGUUUAUCAACCCAUUAAAAUAAAGGCAGCUUUUCAAAAAUAUAGACCCAUGUCGCCAAAAAAAAACACAAGUGGUCUACAUUAAAUUCUACAGCAAAUAUUUAUAACAGUUUAACAAUGGUGCAUAAUACACAGUACAAACCAUACUUUGGCCUGUUACAAAGCUGAUCCUUGACAGAGAACAGUUCCAUUUUGUAAUUACCUUAACAAAAAUAUCAUGUUUUAAGUGAACGAUGAUUUAACUCAAUCCUUUUUAUGAAAUUAUCAGAUGACUACAACCAUCAUCCAAUUACUGAUGACAUUUAAUCACCCCAAAUUAAGGCAACAAAACUGUCUGUCAAGAUUACAAUGUACUGAUAAGUCAAAGACAUUACAAAAUACUUUGUAUAUUAUAAUUAAAAAUAGAAAAUAAAUUCCAUUUUCUGCUAUUUUCAAUCUUUAAAUAGUUUCAUUAUUUACAAUAGUCAAAUUACAGGUCUUUGAUAAAGAUUUGUUGUACACUAACAAAACUGGAAACUACUAACAUGCACAACAGCUUUAAUACAUAUUUAAUGAACAGCCUACCACAAGUAAUAAGCAGUAUAUACACAGCAAAGCAAUGUAACUGUCCCAUUUUCACAUCCUUGCAAACUUCUACAAAAGGACAAUAUGUUUCACAUUAGAUGCAAGAUUCAAACCAGUUUUAGGAAAAAAAGGGAAAGUCUACUAGGCAUAAUUGAAAACAUGCUGCACAAGGGAAGUGACCUAUUUAAAGCUUCAUAACUAAGAGGCUAAUGAAGGGCUCAUUUUAAUUUUUAUUCUCAACAUUUCCAUCAGGUGAUAACUAAUGUUACCCCAGUACUCCUGCCUGCCACUUAGCCAUUUCAGAAAAUCUGAUCUUCAAUUUAAGCUUUUGGAUAUAACACUGUAAACCCAAUGACUGAAGACACUCUUGUUGGCACUACAAAAAGAUGGCAACAAUGUUGACAGCAGAGGAGAAACAUAAAUGACUGAAAUACAAAACAGUUGUCCCAAAGAGAGUUUAGCUUAAAGCAGCAAGGUCCAUACAUUUGCAAUGUGUUUGGAACUGAAGAUACAAUGAGAUAAAAAAAAUUCAAUAUUUACAAAUAUAUAGCCCAAAAAUGUGUUGAUGCCACACAGUUUUGGUAACCCAUGCUGUUCAGAACUAAUAUUCAACAACUUAUUUUGUUAUUAUCCUUUUGAACUUCUUUAGCGGGUUAUCCAAUUAUUAAGUACUGAUAAAAGCACUGUGCUCUCAGCUGCUUGAAAUCUAAUUUUUUAAGUGAUCAAAUUAGGUGUUUAAAAUUCUACCCCAGUGAAAUAUUUAGUAGAGAAACAAACAUAUCCUCUUUAUACUUGGAACAGUUAUCAAGACUGUAACUUAAAUAAUUAAAUUCAAUGCUUUAAAUCAGAAACUACCAAAAAACUUAUAGGCUUUUUGCAAAUUUAAAGUUUGA